CUCGUGAGAGCAGGAUGUGUCAGCCGGGCUUCUCUGGCCUUCUCUCUUGCACCCGACUCUCGUGGUGACCGGGGUGAUAGUGAGUGAUAGUGAGGCUCGGGAAAUGUGUGAGUGGUGAAGGCAGUGAGGCCAGGCGGGCCAAGCAUGACACUGUCAGAGCUCGGCGUCUGUGUGUCCGCUGCGCCCAACAGCAAACGCGCUGCUUCCGCCCCGCUGCCACCCGUCCAUACUCAGGAGCUGUAUGAUGUGAGGAGCGUCCCCGCGCCACCCAUGGAGCGAUGCGCAUCCCACACGUCCACCUUCUCCUUCAGUCAGGACAUAUGCAGGAUCUGCCACUGCGAGGGAGACGCCGACUCCCCCCUCAUCGCACCAUGCUACUGCGCGGGCUCCCUUCGCUACGUGCACCAGUCAUGCCUCCAACAGUGGAUCAAGUCCUCCGACACCAAGUCAUGCGAGCUGUGCAAGUUCAGUUUCAUCAUGCACUCCAAGAUCAAGCCCUUCAACAAAUGGGAGAAGCUGGACAUGAACGGAAUGGAGAGAAGAAAGAUAGCUUGCUCGGUGACCUUUCACGUGGUGGCCAUAACGUGCGUUGUCUGGUCGCUCUACGUGCUCAUUGAAAGGACGACUGAGGAGGUGCAGGAGGGCUCUCUGGAAUGGCCUUUUUGGACCAAGCUGAUUGUGGUGGCCAUCGGUUUCACAGGCGGACUCGUGUUCAUGUAUGUGCAAUGCAAGAUGUACGUGCAACUGUGCAAGAGAUGGCGUGCCUUCAACAGGGUCAUAUAUGUUCAAAACGCGCCUGAGAAGGUCUUGGCAGGUGCCCCUGAGCGAGCGUGACCGCACAGAGUUCCAACGGGAGGCCGGCCAACAGUGUGACAACGGAGGAGGCGUCGGC